UUCAUUUGUGUUAGUCUAUAUGAAUGUCUGCAUGCAAUUGUGUUAUUUUCAUUUGUGAAAGCUACUGUCCAUCCAAGCCUUGAAGUCUGCAUGGUAUCCUGAUUAGAUCACUAUAUAGCUACUCACAGUUGCAAAAAGAAUUAGAUAUCUUGUAUCUAUCACUUCAGUGCACAGCGGAUGCCAUGUCUGCGAUUCUACUGAGAACUUUUGCUCUUUGCCUGUUUAUACAAGCAGUCAAGUCGUCUGAAUAUGAAAUUACCUCUCAUCCAAUGGAUAUGCUGAAUGUCGAUGCCGGUAUCGAUGUCACUUUUAUUGUCGAAGUUAGUCCCACUAUGACUGGCAGUGGCACUGGCAGUGGCGCAGUGCCAGUAAUGGUACCGGUUAGAAAACGGAGUGUGGCCUUUGAUGAUCCAAAACUAUUAUCACCACUAAGUCUUGGUGAAGAUGGUGGAGCUAGAUCUAGACGUGAUGCUGACGAUGUUCUUUAUCAGUGGAGGAAAGAUGGAGUUGACAUUGUAGACACUACAUUUAAAUACGUCGGUACGAAUACUAGUAAUCUGACAGUGCUCAGUGUGAACGAUCCUGAUGAUGAGGGGGCUUACUCGGUGGUUAUAGGUCAAUCCCCCUCGUGUGACACCUCAGAUGAUGCUUUUCUCUCAAUAAGUGACUGUAAUCCACUGGAUCGUCCUACUGAUGGUGAGAUAGAAUUCUCUUCUAGUCCCCUUAGCAAUGGUAACUACACGACUGGAACAGUAGCAGACUACAACUGCGAGGGUGGACUUGAGCUAUUUGGAGACGCCACAAGGCAUUGUCUGGCUGGGGGUGCUUGGAGUGGAAGCGAACCAAUUUGCUCAGAUCCCUGUCCUGAACUUAGUUUGGAAGGUGGUUCAAUAACCUAUUCUAAUGACCCUAACAUGUUUGGAAAUUUUUCCAAUGGAACGUCAGCUUUGUUCGUCUGUACUGCUAAUGGUGAUGGUUUGGUCGGUGCCGCCAUGCUUUUCUGUUUUCAGGGAUUAUGGAAUAAAAUGACACCACCACCGACACCAACAUGUGAACCCAUAACCUGCCCUGCUCUGACAGACCCAAGUGACGGUAGUAUUGACUAUAAUGGAAACUCACCUGAUGAAAGCGGCAACUACACCUUUGCUGUGGUGGCUACCUACAGAUGUGACACUGGGUUUGUUCUGGUUGGUGGCAACAGAAGGACCUGUACUGGAGAUGGGACAAGCGUCAAUGGUGCUUUUGAUGGAGUAGCUCCAACUUGUGACCCUAUCCAGUGCUCAGAGUUAACUGGUAUUGCCAAUGGAACCAUCAGCUACAACCCUACUGGAACUGGAUCGUUUGGAUUUAACACUGAAGCCAUUCACACUUGUGACAAUGGCUUCUUCCUGAGUAAUGGUAGUGAUGUGAGGGUGUGUGGAGGCGGCUUUAUUAUUAAUGGAACAUGGAGUGGCGAUAUUCCCACGUGUACAGCAAUAACCUGUCCUGCUCUGGAUCUAAUUGCCGGUGGUAGACCUGUGGAUUAUGGCAGCGACUCACUUGAUGGGAACGGAGAGCUUCCCUUUAGUGCCAUGGGGACUUACAGGUGUGACAUUGGGUUUGCCCCUGAAGGCGGUGCCGGUGCCAUGGUGACCAGAACAUGCAGUGCAGACACGAGUAGUAAUUCUGGAGGAUCUUUUAGUGGAGUUGAAGCAGUUUGUGUCUCCAUCAUGUGUCCCGAUCUGUCGGACCCAACUAACGGAAGAGUCACCUUCUUAGGAGACAGUAUAGCUCCGUUCAUUUUGGAUACCAUGGCAACUUACAGUUGUGAAGCAGGAUAUGGACUGAAUAGUACAGUCCCAAGAACUUGUGUGGAUGAAUCUGAUGAAACAGAUCCUGUCGGUGCAUGGGAUGGUGAUGCCCCUACUUGCUCCGCUAUCCAGUGCUCGGAUUUACCUGACAUCAGCAACGGAACCAUCAGCUACAACCCUACUGGGACUGGACCAUUUGGAUUCAACACUGAGGCCACUCACACUUGUGACACUGGCUACUUCUUGAGCAGUGGGAGUGAUGUGAGGGUGUGUGAAGGAAACGACUCUAGUACUGAUGGAAUGUGGAAUGGCUUUGCUCCCACAUGUACAGCCAUAACCUGCCCUGCUCUUGCAUCAAUUGCCAAUGGUGGAGUUGUGGAUUACGGCACCACCGACUCACCUGAUAUGAAUGACAUGCUUCCCUUCGGUGCCAUGGGGAACUAUACGUGCAUCACUGAGUAUGCUCCUAGGGACGGUGUCACAGUGACAAGGACAUGCCGUGUAGACAUGACUAGUGAUUCUGGAGGCUCGUUUGAUGGAAUUGAAGCAGUUUGUGUGUCCAUCAUGUGUCCUGAUCUGCCGGACCCAACUAACGGAAGAGUCACCUUCUCAGCAGACGGUCUAGCUCCGUUCGUGUUGGCUACCGUGGCGACCUACAGUUGCGAGCCAGGUUAUGGACUGAGUAGUACAGACACAAGAACUUGUGUGGAUGAAUCUGAUGAAACAGAUCCUGUCGGUGCAUGGGAUGGUGAUGCCCCUACUUGCUCCGCUAUCCAGUGCUCGGAUUUACCUGACAUCAGCAACGGAACCAUCAGCUACAACCCUACUGGGACUGGACCAUUUGAAUUCAACACUGAGGCCACUCACACUUGUGACACUGGCUACUUCUUGAGCAGUGGGAGUGAUGUGAGGGUGUGUGAAGGAAACGACUCUAGUACUGAUGGAAUGUGGAAUGGCUUUGCUCCCACAUGUACAGCCAUAACCUGCCCUGCUCUUGCAUCAAUUGCCAAUGGUGGAGUUGUGAAUUACAGCACCACCAACUCACCUGAUAUGAAUGACAUGCUUCCCUUUGAUGCCAUGGGGAACUAUACGUGCAUCACUGAGUAUGCUCCUAGGGACGGUGUCACAGUGACAAGGACAUGCCGUGUAGACAUGACUAGUGAUUCUGGAGGCUCGUUUGAUGGAAUUGAAGCAGUUUGUGUGUCCAUCAUGUGUCCUGAUCUGCCGGACCCAGCUAACGGAAGAGUCACCUUCUCAGCAGAUGGUUUAGCUCCGUUUGUGUUGGCUACCGUGGCGACCUACAGUUGCGAGCCAGGCUAUGGACUGAGUAGUACAGACACAAGAACUUGUGUGGAUGAAUCUGGUGAAACAGAUCCUGUUGGUACAUGGAAUGGUGAUGCCCCUACUUGCGUAGCUAUCCAGUGCUCGGCUUUACCUGACAUCGACAAUGCAGACAUCAACUAUAAUUCUGGUAACAUUACAGGACAGCUUGAGUUUAAUGCUGAAGCCACUUACACUUGCGACACUGGCUACUUCCUGAGUAGUGGGAGUGAUGUGAGAGUAUGUGGGAAAAACGACUCCAAUACCAUCGGAGUUUGGAGUGGUACUACUCCAGAAUGUUCAGCCAAUCUCCCAAUAAUCACCAGUGAGCCCAGUGACGUCCUCUUAGUUGUUGAAGAGGCUAAUGUUAUGUUCUCUGUGACUGCUGAAGGUGUUGGUUUGACUUACCAAUGGAUGAAUGGAGCUGGAGAGCUUUCUGACAUUCUCAACAAAAUAUCGGGUGCUACCUUGCCAAAUUUGACAAUCACAAAUGUUGGCUUGUCUGAUGUCAGUGGCUAUUCAGUCCGAGUUAGAAACAGUGCUGGUGACGUUAAUUCAUUGACAGCAAAUCUAAUCACAACGUCUAGUUACCAGGUGACCCUAAGCGGUGACUCAGACCUGGAAACUAUAGAGAGUACUCAGGCUGACAUUCCAUAUCAAGUUACUCUGUCGAGAAUCAACGGAGCAUCAAUUCAGCAAUUACCUGCCCCAGUCAGAGUCUCACUGGUUGCAGUGGGGACACCCUCGAACACAAUUUCUGAGGAAAGUGUUGAUUUCAGCAUUGGACCUCUCCUGGUUACGUUUGGUCCGUGUGACCCUUGCACCCCAGACCACCUGCAGAGGGAGGCACAGCUGUGUGUGAAGGAUGAUAAUGAUUUGGAGUUUGAGCAUGGGCUCAAUAUUAGUGUUGAUUUAGCAUCAACGAAUCCUGCUGGGAUAACCGCAGGAAACCCCCUGCAGAUCACUAUUACUGAUGAUGAGCAAUCGACAGUCGGUGUAACAUUUGACAAAGCUAACUACAAUGUUGCUGAGAACAGUAGCCUCACUGUGACUGGAAGACUAACUGGACUAACAGGAGAGCUGCAAAGAAACUUCUCUCUCAAACUAAGUGUUGAUUUCUCAGUUGAUGCAUGUACAUCAGCAGAUACUAGUGAUGUCACACUCACCCCUGCUGAUUUCAUCAUCAAUUUCGAUGCCUUUAAAAACCCAACGUUUUCUUUGAUUAUUGAUGCUAUCGAUGAUACUGUCUUUGAAGGGUUCCACUCGUUUAUGAUAUCUCUACCGACUGACUCUGGCUACAUUGCUCCUCUAGACAGUGACAUUGCCGUUAUCAACGUCACUAUCAGUGAUUUUGAUGUUCUGUCAGUGAGCCUCAACUCUGAUCAGCUGAUUGUGAUGGAGUCUGAUGAAGUAGCGAGUGUGUGUGCCACCAUCUCUAAUGUGCCUGGGGGUGGACUGGAUUGUCCAAUCAUUCUCUCUCUGUCUGCAGCACCUGGGAACAACAAAUCUCCGGGGGACUUUCAGAUUGAGUUUGGCGCUAGUUCAUUGUCCGGGGACUCAGAGUGUGUGAAUAUGACUAUCAGCAAUGACGACUUUGUAGAGGGCAGAGAAGAGUUUGUUGUCACAGUAACCAGUGUGUCACCGCAGGUGGAGCAGUCUGAAAUCAAUUCAGUUACUGUAACCAUCGUUGAUAAUGACUCUGCAACGGCCUCCUUCUCUCCCGGCAGUGUAUCAGUGACUGAGUCUGACUUUGUCAACAGCAGUGUGUGUAUGGUACUGACUUCUCUUCCAGCUGGAGGUGCACUAGAGUGUGACAUUGACAUCACCUUGACUCCCUUUCAAGACACGGCAGUAUUGAACGAGGACUUUGAAUAUUUCGAGACUGUAUUGAUGAUUCCUGCUGGGACUGCCCUAAACCAGCCUGUAUGUGUCUAUGGACUCCAGUUUGGAAUAGUGGACGAUCAGAUUGUGGAGAACUCUCAACAUUUCAGUGUUGUGCCGUCGAGUGUGUUCCCUACCAACACGUUGACUGUUUCUGAUUCCUUCACUGUUACCAUUCAGGACAAUGACUAUGUUGGGGUGGGUUUUGAAAAAUCAGAGUACAGUCUGGACGAGGGGACCUCACAGUCGGUGUGUGUUACCUUCUCUAGACAACUGCAACGGCCGAUCUCAUUGAGCAGUGACUUUAAGGACCUCAGAGGGUUGCUCAGAGGUGAACUGAGGUUAGGAGUUCCUGGUCCGUCCUAUCUGAUUGGGGUCGGUGCGAAUGCCUCAAACACAGUGGAGCCAGGGAGUGUGUGUAUGUCUGUAGACAACGUCGAUGACUCAGUGAAGGAAGGCAACAGACUCUCUCUGCUUAGACUGAACAGCUCUGAGACGGCCGUGAUGAUUGGAGAGCGGCAAGCACUGUUCAUUGAGACUGCUAAUGAUGUUAUUGUGGCCUCUCUGACGUCUCUCAGUGGAAUGGUGGAUGAAAAUAAUGGAGCAGUGGAGAUGUGUGUACAGCUGAACCACAGGCCCAUAGACACCAUCGUCACGGCAAUACUCACAACACAACCUCUCACGGCAACAGAAGGAGAAGACUUUGUGUCACUGAAUAUCACCCUGGUGUGGCACUACGACUCUCCCAGCCUCACUCAGUGUGUGAGUGUGGCCAUCAUCAAUGACGAGUGUGUGGAGGAGAAAGAAGAAGUGUUCACCGUCUCUCUGUCCACAGAGGAGGAGUGUGUUGACGUCGGACCAGACAACCAAACUACUGUCACUAUACUGGACAAUGAUCGGCUGCUUGUGGAUUUCAGAGAUCCAUUUGUGGAAGUGGAGGAAUCUGCUGGGAAUGUCACCUUGUGUGUGUACAUCUGUGAUGGAGGGCUUAAAAGAAAUGCAAGCAUCACAUUAGCUACAGAGGAUGCUAUGGCAACUUCUGUAGCUCCUGAAGACUUUAGUAGCUCUUCCUACGAACUAACCUUCACGCCUGAUAACGCUCAUCAAGACUUGUGUGUGAUCAUCAAUAUCGCCGAUGACGCCAUCUACGAACAGACGGAGCAGUUUAUGGUUUAUCUGACCACCAAUGACUCGUGUGUAGAGUUCAAGCAAGAGUCGACACCAAUCUCAAUACUAGAUGAUGACUGUUUGACUCUUGAUUUGCAACCUGAAUCGGAAAUGGUAGCAGAAUCACUGGGAGUGGUUGAGGUGUGUGUUUCUCUGUCUGGAGAUCUGGAGACCAGUGUCAAUGCCAUGGUCUUGACCGUGCCUGGAGAUGCAAAGUAUGAUGAUGACUUCUCAUUUGAAACUGGUAUGGGUUCUAUCACUCUCACCUUUACUGAGGCUGGGGAGCAGUGUGUCAACGUCUCCAUAGCAAUGGACAACUUGCUAGAGACCUCCGAACAUUUCUCUGUAGUGAUGGGCUCUCGAGAUGACAGAGUGAAAUUGAACAACCGCAUCUCACGCAUCUACAUCGUUGAUAGUGGAAUGGUGAGGUUUGGGUUCUCUCAGAGUGUGUACCCAGUGCCUGAGGAGGACGCCAGUGGAGAGGGUUACAUCUUGGAGGUGUGUGUGGAGCUCUUCUCUGGAGAACUGGACAGAGAGUUUGUCAUCAGAGUGGAGGGUCAGGAUGGAUCAGCUGUCGGAGGAGAGGACUAUGUUCAAUUGAUGGAAGUCUUUUCAGGGAUGGAGUUUGUUUUCAAACCGUUGCCACCAGCACCACAGCUUCCAAUAGGCAGAAGAAAGAGAGAGGUAUCACUAUCAGAGCUAUGUGUGAAUGUGAGCAUUCUGGCCGAUGAUGUGGUGGAGACUGACGAGUACUUUAGUCUGGUAAUGAGCAGUGUAGACCCUGGAGUUACUCUCAUGCCAGCCAAUGCUACUGUGGUCAUCUCAGACAAUGACUUGGUCAUGGUUACGUUUGGCCAGGCUGAGGUAUUACUGAAUGAGGGUGACAAUGGAAGUAUGUGUGUCAACAUCACUGGUCAACUGGAACGUCCGGUAGUUAUCAGUGUGUCCAUCUCUGGAGGCUCUGCAGACACUGGUUCAGAUCAUAAUUUCCCUGCUUCUACUUCGUUCAACUUCAGCUCCUCCCCUGACACUUACUGCAUCUCCUUCAACGCCACUCAAGACGCCACUUAUGAAAGUGAUGAGACCUUCUCUGUUCGUCUUGACUCCUCUGACCCUCAAGUCAAUUCUGGUGCUGUCAGCACAGUCAGCAUUGUUGACAAUGAUGAAGUUGAUCUAAAGUUGGUUGUGGCCAAUGUGUGUGAGAGUGACGGUCCUGCCACGGUGUGUGUGCAGCUGAGGACGGACACUGAGAGAGAAGCCACUGCCACUGUGCAAACAUCUGAUCUCAGUGCUCAGAGUGGAUUGGACUACAUCGCUUCUACACUGACCUUCAGUUUCCCCAACCCAUCUGCUGCUGACACAAUGCAGUGUAGAUCCGUGCCUAUAAUGGGUGACACUAUUGUUGAGCCUUGUGAAGCUUUCUACCUGAAUCUCACCUCCUCUGCUGAGAGGAACCGUAUUGUCGACGAUGACCUGCCUAAUACUGUGAUCAUCUAUGACGAUGAAGAUGUCGAUGAAUUUCUUCUGUUCAAUGACUCUCCAAAAAUUUAUGAUACGAGCCUCACUGUGGACUACACCAUAUCCGGGUGUGCUCAAGUUUUGUGUCAAGUUAUAUCGAGAAUGACCGAGAUUGACUGCUCGCCUCCUAUUGGUAGCUUCACUGGACAAUGGUACCUAGAGUCACUCACUAAAAGGAAGACUAGCAAUUACCUCGCUCUAACUAUUGUGCCAUAUUGCCCAAAUCAAAAUGUUCCAGUGAUUGAAAGCAGAAAAUUCCGUAUAGAUAACACACAGUGUAGUGUGGUAUUCACUGACCAGCAGUACGAGGUUGACCCUGUAUCUGGUGACGUGACUGUGGAGUGGGCCGGAACUGGACCAACUGCUGACGUUCGUGUCAGCGAAUUCACGUGUUAUCUGCCCAAUAGAACGUCUACUGCUUGCACCAGUCCGUUUGUGCUCACUGGUCUAGCUCCAGGUGAUCACACAUUUGUUGUAACCCCACUACAAAUCAGCGAUACUAGCCUGCCUCAGUGUGGGUGGAAGGAGGGGGCUGAUUGCUCAAUUCAUUGUAAUCCGAUUGUAAAGAACUAUACACGUAGCUGUUUCAUGCAUGUACACAGUCAUGCAUAAUUAUAUGUAUUAGUAGAUUAAUUGAACACAAGAUUAUCCGUCUUUAUUUUUGUUGCGUAAGAUUUUUGCAUAAUUACCAUA